GUCUGGUUCAUUUGACAAAUGUGUGAACCGCGUUUUGUGGAUCUGCUACUGAAAGAUCAGUUGAUGGAGGUGUGAACGAGGUUUGUUGUUGGGAACGUUGAGAACAAUUACGGAUUGAGGAAAGAGAGGUGGAAAACGGACUGAGAGGAAGAAAGGAGUGUUGUUGCUAAGCUAGCGGUCCGGACAUGGCCAGUGCCGCCAAUACAAACAUGAACGCGGUCCGUGAAACGAUGGACGUUCUCCUGGAGAUCUCGAGACUUCUUAACACUGGGCUCGACAUGGAGUCGUUGUCCAUCUGUGUGCGGCUGUGCGAGCAGGGCAUCAACCCCGAAGCUCUCUCGUCAGUUAUAAAGGAGCUACGCAGAGCCACGGACACGUUAAAGGCCUCAGACAACAGCACAAACCAAGGAUAAUCUGCACCAGGUCUUUUAAUUGAAACAUUCAAAAUGAAAAUUUCAUCUACUCCAUUAAGAGACUGCAAUAUUUAACAAGGAUUUUGUAUAAUUAUUUUUUUCGUACUUUCUGUAAAGCCUUUUUUGUGCUCAAUGAACAUCGUGUAUUCAAAUAUACGUUAUUUGAAAUGUAUUUAACCCGUCAUUGUUAUAAGUGUGUGAGAUUGUGUAAUGGUGACUAAACAGUGACUGUUUUUGAGACUGGGAUAAUAAAAUAAACCUAAAUAUCAGAA